AAACUAAAAAAUCUCAGGUAAUACUCGAAGGAUUAUACGGUGGCAACCUGAGAUCGCCCAUACAACGACUGUAAGGGAAAGGUGCCUCCUUAAAGCUACCACAACAGAGAGGAGGACUAUCCGAGAGAGAGCAAGAGGUAUUGAUAAUUUGAUACAGCAGAGAACAAAGAUGCAAAAGUUCGACCCGUGGCCUGUUUUCUUCAAGCGGGAGUGGCACCGGAACUGGCCGUUCCUGGUCGGUUUCGCCAUAACCGGUGCUGUUAUCACCAAAAUGUCUCUCGGCCUUACUGAAGAAGAUCGUAAGAAGUCGCCCUUUGCUCAAAGGCACAAGAGGUAG